UCGCGGCAACUACGAGCAUGCCCACGCGUACUGAACGGCCACGGUCCUCUCUGUUGCCCACGGCAUACGAAUGCGAGCCCGCGCUGUCGUUCACCCCGAACCAUCGCCCUCCCAGCGCCCAACGCGUCAAGCUGUCCAUGCAGACCCACCCCAUCCACCGCCCACUCCCUUGCCUGAUCACUGUGGCUCACGAAUGCUCGAACGCAUGCAGGAGAUGUCAACCCAGUGGUGGCGGCACUCCAGGAGGAGGGAGGGAGGGUUGGAUGGCAUUGGAUGGGUGCCGUAGGUGAGUCGCGGUCGCCCUGUAUCGUGCGUCGCCCCAGGACGCAUAGAUUUACCUUCCAGUCUCCCCGCCUCUCGUUUGAUCAACUCACUGCCGUCUGCCGACCUCGAUGGCAUGUGCGAAUGAGCCUACGCGAGGCAUCGUGCGCCCGCGCUCCGCGUAUCCAUUCUCUUCUCGCCCUUCUACAGCGGCCAGGAGCGUGCGCGCGUCCUUCACCACCACGGCACGCGAACCGGCCGCGUUCUCUGUUCGCCACCACUGCCUUCCCAACGCCCGACGCCAUGCGCCGAUUGUGCAGGCCUGCGACAUCCGCCACCCACUCCUCUCCGAUCACCACGGCUCUCGAGCGCGCGGACGCUUACAACAGAUGGUGUAACCGCGGCGGCGGCACUAUAGGAGGAGGGACGGUUAGGUUGGAUGGCAUUGCAUGGGUGAUGCAGACACCUCCGCCCUCGUUCGACCACCCUCGCGCGCUCUGCCGACUCGACGACUCUCGCACGAGCCCACGCGAGGCAUCGUGCGCCCGCGCUUCCCAAAUCGCCCCUCUCUUGUCACCUUACACAACGACUAGCCGCUCGCUCGUGCGUGCAAACCCGCCGCGUUCUUCAUUCGCCACCGCCGCCGUCCCCGCGCCCAACGCGAUGAGUCGGUCGCACAGGCCUGCCCCGUCUGCCGCACACGCCCUCGUCCCUUCACCACGACUCACGAACGCGCAGAUACAUGCGAGAUACGGCGAUGCGUCGUCGGCGACGCAGGAGGAGGCCAAGUGGGUUGGAGGGGCGCCACAGCGUUACAGGGUCCUACUCCUCUCGUUCGACCACCCCGGCGCACUCAGCUGACCUCGAAGAUACGCGAACGAGCCCAUGCGAGGCGUCGUGCGCCCAUCUCUUCUCGCUCUACGCAGCGACCAGCCGCCUGCUCGCGUGUGCUUCACCACUACGGCGUCCGAGCCCGGCGCGUUUUUCGUUCGCCGCCAUCGCUUCCUCGUGCCCAACGCGAUGAGCUGAUCGCGCAAGCCUGCCCUAUCCGCCGCCCAUGCACUCGCCCGAUCAGCACGGCUCACGAGCGCCCAGACGCAUGCAAGAGAUAGCGCGGCGUCUUCAGCAGC